UUGGUCACACUUGUACAGGGGUGCCUAAGUCUCUAAACCAGUUUUACGGAAUACAUACGAUCAUUAUUAUAAGUGAAACUCGCAUGAAUUCAAAGAAACAAAAUUUGCGUGUUUCCUAGAUGUGGAUCGUAUGAAUUCCUUAAAAUUUGUAUGUAUUCCGUAAAAGUAGCAUGGAUUUCCAAAAAUUCGUAUGAAUACUUAGACAUCCCUGUUGCGUUGAGCCGCAACCCGCCACCCCACAUAUAAACAAGCCAUGGCUAUCGUAUAAAGCUCAAUUGAUUAAUAUAAUAAGUCAUGCAUGCAUCCAUUGCUUUGUUAGCGAUUUUGACCUCUAGCGCUAACGAUGCAUUGUACGAGGGAAGUGCUGGGGACAAUAUUCAUGACACUGAGUACAACAUAUCUAGUGCUUCACUACAUAUUUCUCAGAUAUCGUAUGAUUAUUGUCAAUGUACUUGUAACCUCGUCUCCAGAUCUAAAGGCAGCGAUUGGAAAACAGAACCAGAAGUUCAUGGCCUGCUUCAAGGCUAACGACAUGAAGGGCGUGGCUAACCUGUACACGGAGGACUGUAAGCUCAUGAUAACGGGGAUGGACACUCAAUAUGGCCGUGAGGCCACAGAAAAGGCUCUAGCGGGUGUAUGGACUAGCGGAGCGAGGAGCUUAGAGUGGAAAUCUGAGGAAAUUGACCUAUGGGCAGUGACGUCAUUUACGAGCGAAUCGCCUACACUACGAGAACUGAGGACGGCAGUGUGGCUGACGUCGGCAAGAGUCUUGGGGUUUGGAUGAAAGUUGGCGGAGAAUGGUUCCUUCACAUCGACAUCUUCAACUCAAACAAAUCCUGAAG